UCCAACCGUGCGACACGCUUUUCAGUGCCACAUCUCACCGCCGGAGCAGUGUUCCCAGGGAGUACGGCUGUAUACCACACCUCACCACGCGGGCUCGAGCUAGUUCCACCAUCUGCCUAGCUACGCAUCUCGUCUCGCCCUCAUCUCUCAUGGCACCCCAGCGGCAACUCCUCCUCCUCCUGCUCCUCCUGGCCUCGCCGUUGCCGUUGCCGCGGCCGGCUGCCGCCGACGACGGGGCCGCUGCGCAGCCGCCUCCACUGGUGAAGCAGUUCUACUACUACUCUCCUCCGCCGCCGUCGGCAGCAUCUCCUCCCACCGGCCCGCCGCCGGCGCCGCCGAUGGCUCCGUGCAACUGCCAGCAGAUGCCGCAGCCCACGGCUUGCAACUGCCCGAAGAUGCCGCCGCCUGGGAUGUACCACCACAGCCCGCCGGCCGGGCACCACUAUGGGUUCCUAUCCGGGUCCCACGUGCAAGCCGGAGGGCGGCUCCAUCCCCGGAUGCUCUGCGCUGUUGCCGCUGCAUUACUUCUUCUAUGGUGGUGCUAGUCACUGUCUGUUGUGUCACUCAGAUCCAUAUGUGCGUGCUUACUGCUGUGCUAUGACAUUAUUACUUUAUUUUUUCAAAAGGACAUUAUUACUUUAUUAGGCAUUUUUAUUUGGGACAGAGGAAUUUCAUCAAGUUUCUAUGAGCAUUACAUUGUUAAUUUUAGACACGUUCUUGCAGUGCACUCAGAAAUUCCGUUAAUCUAGCCAUAUGUAUGGAUUUGGUUGUUGCAAUCUAGUACAUUUGAUGAAGUUGAUUACUGAAGAGGGUAUUAAUGACAUGCAUGUUCUGUA